AUGGAGUAUCAUGAGCCAGAUACUAUCAAGGAAAACUUAACAACUUUGAGUAUCAUAACCAGAAAAAUUAACCAACUUCCAGAAGUAGAAAAAAAUCUAUUUGAAUAUGGAUCAACAUAUAUUGGACUUAAUGCUGCUCUCUGUGGACUAAUAGUAAACAGUCUUUUUCGAUGUGUCUUAAAUGUGACACAGGCUCAUAUAGUUGCUGGCUUACCAAUGGUGGUGAUCCCAUUUUUGACAGCACAUGUAUCUUACAGAGGUUUUGUAAGUUUACCUUUAAGUACAGGUGAUCUGAAUUGUGAGACCUGUAUUGUAACAUGGGGAGGACUUGGUCUUGUUUUUGGUGGUCUGUACCCUAUUUUCUUGGCUAUUCCUGUGAAUGGUGGCCUAGCUGCCAGAUAUGUCUCAGCCGUGCUACCAGAGAAAGGGAACAUCUUAACCUACUGGAUUAGAAUUUCAAAGCCUGUCUUUAGAAAGAUGUUAUUUCCCAUUUUGCUCCAGACUGUGUUUGCAGCGUACCUUGGAUCUAGACAAUAUAAACUAUUUGUAAAAGCCCUUCAAUUACCUGAACCUGGCCUAGAAAUUCACUGA